AUGACGAUACAUGCAUUUCAUUUAUUUCUGUCAGUCAAAAUAUGUCAGGGAUCGGAGUCGGUUAGAAAUUCCAGGGAAAUAGUAAAAAUUUUAUAUACUUGUCAUGGUGAAAGUCCGAUUAUAAUUUAUUCCAUAAAAUCGGAGGAACGUGUGUGUAGUGUGUUGUAUCGAAACAAGGACUACGGAUAUGCAAAGAUGCAGCCAGAUAGUAAGAAGAAGUCGAUCGACCCUAGGGGGAACACAGCUACUUUUUUACUCACGAAACAUGCCGAAUUUUCCUCUAAUGGUCAUCGGGUAAAAAUCGUUAUCGUUGGCAGUGGCCACACGGGGGUUGCAAUCGCCAUCGCAAUACUCUUCAAGCGCCUGGCCUCUGAGUUGAUUCUGAUAGACACGAACGAAGAUCUGGCAAAAGCAGAAGCUGAGGACAUCGGUCAGGCCGCAGGUUUCUUAGGUAACCCACGGAUUAUUGGAACAAAGGACUACAGCUUCGCAAGAGAUGCUGCGGUCUGCGUGUUUACGGCAGGCACUCAGGUGGAGAAGGAUCAGGACCAACACUCCAUGUUGGAACCAAAUAUCGAAAUUUUCAAGGUGGCCGUUCCGAAUGUAUGCAAAUACGCACCGAACAGCAUUAUCGUCAUCGUAACAAGCCCUGUUGACAUCAUGUCCUACGCCGCUAUGAAGCUCUCUGGAUUCCCUCCAAACCGUGUCAUCGGCCUCGGCACAUUCCUGGACAGUAUACGCUUCCAGUACUUCAUCGCACAGAAAUUAGGACUGUCGGCAAACUCCGUACAAGCGUUAGUAAUCGGAGAAAGUGGACCUAGUUCUGUUCCCGUUUGGUCAGCCGUUGCCGUUAUGGGAAUGAAAUUGAAGGAAAUAAACAAGGAGAUUGGACAGAAAACCGAUCCAGAAGGCUGGGGUGAACUACAUGAAAAAGUGGCGAACUGUGACAACGAUCUGAUCGAUAAGAAAGGGCAUUCGAAUUGGGGAGUCGGGAUUUGUGCUGCAGAGAUUGUCGAUGCAAUCGUUAGAAAUACUUGUGCUUGUCUCACUGUGUCAACAUUCGUCAAGGGGUGCCGACACGGUCUCGAAAAGGACGUCUUCAUGUCGCUGCCAUGUGUGGUUGGAAGAAACGGUGUCCAGUCGUAUAUACGCCACCUGUACACUACCGAGGAACAGGAACUGAUGACCAAAUCUUGCCGGGCCAUUUACGAAGCGCAGAAACCAUAUCUGGACCGAUUAGAAUGAACACUGAAAACUGUUGUGCAUACCGAU